AUGAUAAUCAUCUUGAACGACCACCCCCGUGAAGCUAUAACACCGUCAGACUGCCCUGUGUUAACAAUGGCUCCCAAUCCACUAUGUCUCGCUUGGCGGGAGCAGAUCAUGGAUAAUCUUCGCCUCGUAUCGGGACGGAGUGCUUUCAUUGACAUAUACACUGCUCGUCAUCCUAACAAGACGUACACCAUUUAUGCUGUUAAAGUCCACCGGGGAAAACGCCAGGAGGUCCUCUCUGCCACUGGACGCGACCUCGAAGACGCCUACGAGACGCUUCAUACCAAAUCCGCACAAGAAGUCUACCAGUUCGUUGAGUUGAAUGGUUUCGGCUUUCCCCGUGGGACGAAGCCUGAAGAUUCCGACUGCUCCGAUAGUGAUGGAGCCUCGACCUUGGAUGCCUCUGAAGUGCUCUCUUUGUCUACCGUCUCUUCCGACAGCGAGAACGACAACAUCGUUUCCCACCGCGACAAAAAGACCAAGAAAUCUCAUCGUAAGAGCAAGAAGAAGUCCAAGAGACAUGUCUCUUCUUCCGAGGAGGACAGCGCUUCCGACACCGACGACGCCCCCCAGAGGCGCCGCCCCAUCGCCAUUGCGCGUCCUUCUUACAUCCCGGGACCCCCCAUCCCAGGUUCGCAGGUGCCCCCCCCUCCUCCCCCUCCAGGCUGGCGAGGGCCCCCCGUGCGGGUCGGCUACCCCCGUGCUCUCGGUCAAGGACCCCCACCCCCUCUGCCUCCUCCGGGGAGGUUCCAACCAGGGAUGCGUAUGACCCAAGGCAUCGCCCUGCCCCCGGCUCCCGGCCCCGUUUCGGUCCCUGCGCCCCCACCACCGACGGGACCAGCGAAACCCGUUCGCCUCGACCUCAGCUGGGCUGGCCACGGGGAAAAGAAGAUCGUCGAGAACUGCCACCCCAGCCAUCGCGCGCUGCAGCGGACCGCCCUCGCCUACAUUCGCGCCAACUGGCAGUCCUUCGAGAACGUCCUCCCCCAGGAUAUGACCUCCAGCCGCCUCUGGUCACUGACUGCUAGAGUGAGACGCGUCGAGUUCGGCAAGGACAUGUACGCAAUCUCGGCCGCAGCCGGCGACGACCUCACCAUGUACUUCAAGGCGGACGACAUUCCCAAGUUCGAAAUCGAGAUUGACCACGACCCCAGCGUCGUCGUUCCUCCCCCUCCUCCACCCCCACCGCCGCACCCUCACGUCCAACACUGA